CAGUCAUCCGUGCCACUUGGGGUCGCUAACGCUGCGUCUUGCUUCGGCCCCACAACCUCGUGGGUAGGCGUGUAGAAGUAACCACUGCAUUGACCGUGGAGCAGUUUGGUUAUUUGACGCUGUACCUGAGAACACAGCUCCUCAUGAGGUGAUGCUGCAUGUGCUGCGCUGUCCUCUGCAAAGGGCUGUCAUCUCUCCACUAUGGACCAGUCUGCGCUGCUUCUACUCCACCGAGCCUCGCUCCCUUCAGGGACAGGACUCCACAGAGACCCGCCUGAACCCCCUUAACAUUCAGAUGCUAUCAAGCAACCUCCACAAGCAGAUCUUUCGAGGGCUGGAACCAGAGUACAGAGAGGAGGAUGUGGAGCGCAGCAUGAGGCACCUGCAGAAACACCAGCUGUGGGGGAAGGAGACUUCCCUGUUGCCUGAUGUGGAGCUGAAGCUUCCCAAAAUGUAUGGCCGAAACAUUGAUGAGCACUUUCGUAUCUUGGCUCAGAAGCAGACUCUGCCCUACCUUGAAGCUGCCAACAAGCUGCAGGCUAAGCUUCCUCCCAUGCCACAGGAAUGGAACUGGGAGGUUGGCUGGACACGCUAUGGCCCCAGUGGGCAGAUUCAAAAGGUCGAUUUUCCAGAAGAGUCAGCGCUGGUGUUUGAUGUGGAGGUGUGCAUGAUGGAGGGACAAUGUCCUACAUUAGCCGUUGCUGUGUCUUCCACUAACUGGUAUUCUUGGUGCAGUAGGCGUCUGAUUGAAGAGCGCUACUCCUGGUCAAACCAGCUGUCCCUAGCUGACCUUAUCCCACUGGAGACAUCCAUCAACUCUGUCCGCACACCAGGCGGUCAGUGGAAGGAGAGACUCAUCGUGGGACAUAAUGUCAGUUUUGACCGAGCCUACAUUAAAGAGCAAUACUUACUGAAGGGUUCUAAGAUGCGCUUUAUGGAUACCAUGAGCCUUCACAUGGCCAUCUCAGGGCUGACUGGGUUCCAGCGCACAUUGUGGAUGGCCAGCAAGCUGGGUAAAAGGAGGGGUCUUCAGGAGGUCAAGGAGCACAUAAAGAAAGCUGGACAGAAAAAAGAGGGUCCGAAGAUUGGCUCUUGGGACUGGGUGAAUAUGAGCAGCAUUAACAACCUGGCUGAUGUCCAUGCUCUAUAUGUGGGAGGGCCGCCACUGCAGAAAGAAGCCAGAGAGACCUUUGUGAAGGGCAGCAUGGUGGAUGUCAGGAACAACUUCCAGGAGUUAAUGCAGUAUUGCGCCAUGGAUGUUGAGGCUACACAUCAAGUCUUCACAGAACAGCUACCCCUUUUCAUGAAGAGGUGUCCUCAUCCAGUGACUUUAGCAGGAAUGCUGGAGAUGGGUGUGAGCUACCUUCCUGUCAAUCAGAACUGGGGCCGUUACCUGCAAGAUUCUCAGGACAUUUACGAAGAGCUCCAGCGAGAGAUGAAGAAGUCACUGAUGACUCUAGCGGAUGGCGCCUGCCAGCUGCUGCAGGAUGACAGGUACAAAGAAGACCCCUGGCUUUGGGAUCUUGAGUGGGAUGUGCAGGAGUUCAAGCAGAAGAAAGUGCCAGCCAGCAAAAAGAAAAAAGCAGCUGAAACACAAGUAGCUACUCCUCUUCCAGACUGGGAGGAAGACCCAGGUCCACCCUCUGAAGAGGAGAUGGCCAGCCCUUUCCCUGGCAGGCUGGCUGUAGAGAAGCUGAAGGAAACAGUCAAUCUGCUUCCUAAGAGAAGGCAACAUCUGCCUGGACAUCCAGGGUGGUAUCGUAAGCUGUGUGAGAAGAUGUCUGGGGAUGACAGCUGGUCCCCCGGAGCCAGCCUCAUCAGUCUACAGAUGAGGGUGACUCCUAAGCUCAUGGGUCUGACGUGGGAUGGUUUCCCCCUGCACUACACAGAGAAACAUGGGUGGGGCUACCUGGUACCAGGACGAAGAGAUAACCUGGUAUCUCAGGAGGAAAAUCCAGGGCCUGUUUGCCCACACAAAGCUAUUGAAAGAGUUUACAAAGAGCAUUGUGAGCAGAACAGCAAAGAGCUGCUUAAAUGUCUGGACGGCAGCCUUUCUGAUGACAUCAUGUGGAUGGACAGCACAGUGUGGUCAAAGGCGGAGGAGUUGGAUUCUGCAGAAAGACUGACCGAGGAAAAUGGAGUCAGAAUGAUGAAAAAUGGGGCCAAUUAUCCACAUUACGUCGCAGAGGAGAGUCAGUGCCAUUAUCACCACGGAAACGGCCCCUAUAAUGAUGUAGAUAUCCCAGGGUGCUGGUUCUUCAAAUUGCCUCACAAGGAUGGUAAUCACAACAAUGUCGGAAGUCCUUUUUCAAAAGACUUCCUGGCUAAGAUGGAAGAUGGUACUCUCAGGGCAGGACGUGGUGGAACCAAUGCCACACGAGCGCUGGAGAUCAACAAGAUGAUAUCCUUCUGGAGGAAUGCCCAUAAACGCAUAAGCUCUCAGAUGGUGGUGAAGCUGCAAAAGGGAGCGCUUCCUCCUGUUGUCAGAAGCCACAACGAGUUUGAUGAAGAGGCCCUGUAUGGUGCCAUAUUGCCUCAGGUCAUCACCGCUGGAACUGUAACGCGUCGGGCUGUGGAACCAACAUGGCUGACUGCCAGUAACGCUCGGCGGGAUCGAGUGGGCAGCGAGCUGAAGGCCAUGGUGCAGGUACCUCCUGGAUAUCACCUCGUGGGAGCUGACGUUGACUCUCAAGAGUUGUGGAUUGCUGCUGUGCUUGGAGAGGCUCACUUUGCUGGCAUGCACGGUUGUACAGCGUUUGGCUGGAUGACCCUUCAGGGUAAGAAGAGUCAGGGCACUGACCUGCACAGCCGCACUGCUGACACUGUGGGCAUCAGCCGAGAGCAUGCCAAGGUGUUCAAUUAUGGCCGCAUUUAUGGUGCGGGACAGCCCUUUGCGGAGAGGCUGCUGAUGCAGUUCAACCACCGCCUCAGUCAGGCAGAAGCUUCUAGUAAGGCCAAGCAGAUGUACGCCUUAACAAAGGGCAUACGCAGAUACCAUCUGACAGAUGAAGGCGAGUGGCUUGUCAGAGAACUGGAUAUAGAGGUGGAGAGGGAGGAAAAUGGAAGCGUCUCCCUGCAGGAGUUGCGAAGGAUCACCAGACUGGUCUCGCAGAGCUCUCGGCGGAAGAGGUGGGAUAUUGUCAAGAAGCGUGUGUGGGCAGGAGGCACAGAGUCGGACAUGUUCAAUAAGCUGGAGAGCAUCGCUCAUUCAGCCAAGCCGGCUACUCCUGUUCUCGGCUGCAGAAUUAGCAGAGCGCUGGAGCCGAGGGCGGUUAAGGAUGAGUUUAUCACGAGCAGAGUGAACUGGGUGGUCCAGAGUUCUGCGGUGGACUACCUACAUCUGAUGCUGGUGGCCAUGAAGUGGCUGUGUGAGGAGCACAACAUCGAUGCCCGUUUCUGCAUCAGCAUCCACGACGAGGUUCGGUACCUUGUGUGCAGCAAAGACCGUUACAGAGCAGCGCUGGCAAUGCAGAUCACAAACCUACUCACAAGGAGUAUGUUCGCUCAUGCGUUAAGCAUGCAGGACCUUCCACAGUCUGUUGCUUUCUUCAGUUCGGUUGACAUUGACCUGUGUCUGAGGAAGGAGGUCACGAUGGACUGCGUGACCCCCUCCAACCCCACAGGUCUGGAGCGAAGAUAUGGCCUACCACCUGGUGAGGCCUUGGACAUCUAUCAAAUCGUCGACAUCACUAAAGGCUCACUGAACAAAUAAAGGAAGCACUUUGUGGAAAAAGCUGCAGUUAUACAGAACAGCUAUUCAAAAACACUACUGCUGGGAGGCCAUUCAGCAGCUGGUCAACGUCAAGAUCAGUGAGGCCUUUGCAGAUGAGUGCAUCAAACUGAGGAGUCUUCCCUCACUGUUUCCUCUUCUUCUGUUUGGGUUCUUGUGUCUCCUCUGUGUCCUGUGGCUCUGUGGUCUGACAGGAAGCAGAAACACACUUAAAUCUCCCCCCCCAGCAAAAGCCUGCUGGAAUAAAAACUGUUCAGUGCAUAACAAGUGCAUUCAAAAACAUCACGAGGUGAAACAUUUCAACAGUUUGCUAGGUCU